UCCCCAGCAACAAAUCAGGGAAGUUUACGCACAGACUGACUGCUAUCCGUUUCAUGUCAUGAUGUUUCACUUUUUUGUUUAAAUUUUUGCUGAUUUGAGGCUACAUCCCAUCGAUUUGAGACCGAGAAUGGAUUCAAAGGCGGCUAAAAAUAAGGCUCCGGGCCAAUUGAGACGGUCGUUAAGGCAGACGGGGAAAGUACUCGGCGUUGAGCCAACUCCAAGGGGUCCUCUGAAAAGGACCAGAAAGACGUCAGAACCUCAGUCGUCACCAGCAGCUAAAGGUGCAAAAAAUGUGGAGAACGGGUUGGAUGAGGAAGAGUCUCCUCCCAAGAAGUACCGGUUGGAUGCCGGAGAGGGACAUGAUGACAACCUUAGUGAUGAUGACAUGGAGGUCCAGGAAUCAGUCAAAGACACAGAGAACGGUGAGGACCUGGAAAUGGAUGUGGUUGAGGAGCCAUUAAAAGAGACCAGUCAACCAAAAACAUACAAAGACCACUAUGAAUUUGUGAACCUUUCCCCUCGCGUCGUCCUUCAUAAAUCCAACCCCCCCCUUUCUCCAUAUGAAGAUUCGCAAGGAAUGAAGACUAAAAAAGCUGAAGUAAAAGCACCUUCACUGCCCAACAAGGCUCAUUCACACGUCAAACCAGCAGAAACCAGGCCUGCCAUGCCGAUCACCAGCAUGGAUGAGUAUAAGAGGAAAAUGGAGGCCAAAGCCAGGAGUGCAGACGAAGCCACGUCGUCUCUGGUUGUACCCAGACCUUACCAAGUCUCUCAACGUGUAAACUCAACUUCGGAGAAAAUGUACCUAACCAAACCACAUGUAAACAACAUUCCUGAUCAAAAAAAGGCAGAUCAGCUGACAGAACAAGAUGGAAAAAAGAAAACGGCCGGGACUGAGAUAAGCUCCGGAAAUUCUUGUAGAGGGUUUUUUUGGUAUUUAUGGCGCUUGCUUUUGUUGGUGCUGCUCAGCUCUGCCACCCUGCUGGCUUACCGGAUCCUCCCUGUGCUCCAGAGUAAAGCAGGAGGGGGAGGAGGGCAACGAUCCCGAGAAGCGAUGCCAGAAAGGUUUUCUGACAGCUUGUCGCUCCUCCAGUCUCAAUUCCCGAGUCAGCGUGAAGAGCUGUGGAGGAGAAUCCAGAUCCACCUGGAGAAGCACCUUAAAACCGCUGAGCCCACCGAGCCAGUGAGUCUGAUCUUGGUAGCAGGUCUCAAGGCAGAGAGGACUCUGCUGUGCUUGGCUCGGGGCCUGGCCUCCGCCUACUCAUCCGCCCUCAACGGCUCUGCCUUCCUCAUUGACGGGGUGAGUAAAGCCGGCCAGGACAGCGACAAGGUAAAGCUGGACGUCGACAAGCAGCUGCAGGCGGCUUUCGAGGGAGACAAGCCAGCGGCGGUCAUCCACCGCUUUGAGGAGCUGCCUCCGGGCUCCACCAUCAUUUUUUACCGUUACUGUGAUCACGAGACCGCCGCCUACAAGCAGGCGUUCCUGUUGUUCACCGCGCUGCUGCCGCAAAACGAGAUCGGCAGUGAGCUGAACCUGAAUGGGGUGGAGGAGCUGGUGCAGAGCCACGUGGAGGCAAAGCUGGUGGACCCCGAAGGCAAAGCCUCCUUCAAUGAAAUGGAUAUUGACAAGUUCGGCGGGCUGUGGAGCCGCAUCUCCCAUGUGAUUCUGCCUGUGGUGUCUGAGGUGAACCAGGAAGAAUGCCAAUGAGUUAUUUUUUUGUUUUAUGUUUUUUUAAGGAUGCAAUGAUAUGGGUACUAUGACCAGAUAUACCACAGAAAUUUGUCUUUUUAGACACGUUUUACACACAGAUUUCCUUUAAAAUGUUUGAAGGAUGCAUUGACAGCUCUAACAGAGAUGAAAACCUACUGAAGUUGCAGUUUUUUUCCCCUCUUUUAAAGAUCAGAUCUAACAUCAUUUCACUUGACGUUGACACAUACAGGAUGUUUUUCCACUCGAUUUUGUUGUAAACAACAACUUCUCCUUUUGUUUUGUCCCUUUUUCUGAAGCACUUUUUCUUCAGCAACAAUCACAUAGAAUUCAUCUUUAAAGUUAACAAAUGUUACAAGUUUCUGUAGAUCUGCUUUUCUUAUAUUUCAAAUCUCAGAGAUGAGCUGACUAGACAUUCAAGGAAGUUUGACUGAUGUGCACUGAACAUGUGUGUUUGCUUUAAGCGUUCUCCUUUUCCAGAAUACUGGAUUUUACUAAAACAAGCAUUUUUUUGUGUGUGUGAUUUUUCAUCCUAAGAUGUAUUUUGUUGACGUGCUUUGAAGAUUUGCUUAUUUUUUAAUAUCUGUACAUAUAUAUAUAUACUGUAUGCUGGAUAUGAAAAGGAUCAAAAUGCUAGGAAUCCUGUUUAAAUGAGGUAGAUUUAAAAACCUGCAGGUUUAUAUGA